GCGCAAUCUUUUUUCUAGAGAAAUAGGAAUAAAGUUUGGUGUAUCCUAACAAUAAAAUUGGAAGAAAUUUACAUGAAACAUUAUUUUGUAGGUGCCAACAAGUUAGAGCCACAAACGUCUAAUAUUUAGGUGACAAUGACUGAGCUUCAAUAGAGAAUUGGGCAAAACGUUAUGCGGGAUUGAUUCAUGUAAUGCAGGGCCAUGUGCACCCAAAGAUUCAAUGGUCGGUCACAUUUGAUUUGAGUCUUGGUGGGUCAUUUUUGUUUUUCUGGUUUGCCUUCUUAUUAUCAUCAAGCUCACUUCCUUCUUCCCAUUAAUGGAGUCCAUCACCUUACUCCUUUUACUGCUUACUCUUACACUCCCAAGUUCAGUUUUCUCAAAUGGAAACAUUGGACCAAUGAUCAAUGUAUCCAAACACAUCUCCUACCCAGAUUUCAGGAUCAACCAGCAGCAGCAACAUGUCACUCUUCUGGGAAGUUCAUCCAUUUCACCUGAUAAGUCUUGCCUCCAGAUUCCGAAACCCUCCUCUGAUCUCAAGCACUUAGCAGGCCGGGCAAUCCAUUCGGCGCCUUUCCGACUCUUUGAUCCGCCCACUCGAACUCCUGCUUCUUUCCACACCUCAUUCUCGUUCCAGUUCCAAUCCCCCUCAGAGAACUUGUCAUCAUCCCCACAUGGUGGUCAUGGUUUGACUUUCAUCAUUGUUCCCGAUGAGUUUACUGUCGGCCGGUCCGGUCCGUGGCUCGGCAUGCUCAACGACGUCUGUGAUGACAACUACAAGUCUGUGGCGGUUGAGUUCGACACCCGAAUGAACCCGGAAUUCGGAGACCCGAGUGAUAACCAUGUCGGUAUUAACCUCGGAAGCAUUGUUUCUGUCACGACUGUUAACGCGUCCGAUGUCGGGGUUGUUCUCGGGGAUGGUUCCGUUCACCGGACUUGGAUAUCUUAUGAUGGUCAGCUCCGGUUCAUCGAUAUCCGGCUCGGGUUGGACCGCAACGGGUAUCCUUCUAAGCCGGUUUAUUCAGGUUCUCUUGACCUUUCUCCUUACCUAAAUGAAUACAUGUUCGUCGGCUUCUCUGCUUCCACCGGAAACCAUACCCAAAUCCACAACGUCAUGUCCUGGAACUUCUCGUCAACCAGCCACGCUUCUCUUCGGGUUCCUUCAUCCGAAACAUGUGAGAAUAGAUUAUUAAUACACCAAAGAAGCAAAAACAUAGAAGAGGAACAAGUGGCGAAAUUGCACGAAAGAACUCCGACCAGUUUCUUGAUUUUCUUGGCUGUGCUUAUUCUUAUGGUUGUGGUUUUACUCAAUCUUUACUUCGGCGGUGGUCGGAAAGCCAUUAACGAGUCCAGUGAAGUUCUGGGUAAGCCGGAGAAGCAGAAAUUGGGUCCGCCAAACAAGGCUCGCCGGUUCACGUUGACGGAAAUCUCCUCGGCGACCCGGAAUUUCAGCGAGGUACAGAUUCUGGGAAGUGAUGCGAGGAGUGUCACGUACAAAGGGACUCUGUUGCGCGGCGGCAGCGUGGCGGUGAAGCGGUUCUCGGAGAAGUUCUUGGCUUCCGGCGGAUUCGACCGGCAGCGGUUGCACAGGAAAAUCAAAGCCGCCGGAAAGAUCCGGCACCCAAAUCUGGUUCCCAUCAGAGGGUGGUGCUUCGAUGACAAAGAAACAACCGUGGUCUACGAUUACAUCCCCAACGGAAGCCUGGAUAGAUGGCUGUUCGGCGGCGGGGUUUUGCCGUGGACGCGGCGGCUGAAGGUGGUGAAAGACGUGGCGGAGGCGCUGAGUUACCUCCACUCGAAAGAACUCGCCCACAAGAACGUGAAAGCCAGCAGCGUUUUCCUCGACGUCAGCAUCAGAGCGGCGGUGGGCGACUACGGGUUCGUGCUCAGCUCCGUCGAGUCGACUCGGUUCGAAUCGGUGGUGAGUCAGACGGCGGACGUGUUCGAGUUCGGGGUGCUGGCGCUGGAGAUUGUGUCGGGUCGGGUCAGAAAGUCCGGCCCCGGGGAACUGGAUCUGCUGGACUUGGCGUGGGCAUUACAUGAGGAAGGCGAAAAGGAGAAAUUAGUGGACCGGCGGAUGGGACUGGUGGUGAACCGGGAACAGGCGGUCCGGGUCGUGGAAGUUGGGUUGGUUUGUACGUUGAAUGAGAAUAAAGGGCGGCCGAGCAUGGAGGAAGUGGUGGAGUUUUUGAACGCUGAAAAACCGCUUCCGAAGUUGCCGCCGGUUCGACCGGUUUCGUUGUUCCCCUACAGCAGCACCACGGGGUUGUGCACUGCUCACGCAUGUUCUCCGUUCAAAUAAUGACCGUGUGUUUUGGACGAAGAAGAAAUAAUUGCGUGCGAAAUUGUAAUUAUGCGCCUUCCUCAAUUAUUUAUUUUUUUAUUUCCUUAUAUGUUGUUGCUUUAAAUUUUUUGUGAUUGAUUAGAAAAAAAAAAUGUAGUAUUUCAGGGGUGUUGUCAAUUUUUCUACGGAUUUUAUUUAUAGACAUAUAAAUAGUUGAUGGAAGAAGUUAUUUGGGCUUGAGUAGUUGGAAAAUAUGUUAAAAUUGCAUUAAAUGGUUAAUUUGAGUUAGAAUUUUGAGUAGGGUCUCACUUCUAAUUUUGAUUGAAUCAAAGUG